AUGGCUUGUGCCAAUAAAAGUCUGGCUCACGUGGUCAAGUUUGAUGGGUCCAACCUACCACUCUGGAGGUUAGGACUUGACGUGGCUUUAGAAGAACACGAUGUGCAAUCUGUCACUGAUGGAACACUUCUUUGCCCACCUGAGAUAAGACAAGUAACUGAACAAGUUCCAUCUGUCGAAGGAGGCCCAGUCACUCCAACAUAUGGACCCAUCAUCAACACUGAUGCCAUUAGAGAGUGGAAAAUCAAAGACUGUACUGCACGACGCAUCCUCCUUACCACGAUCGAACUGAAGUUGCAAAAUACGUUGGUUGGCUGCAAAACAGCAUUCCAGAUUUGGACUCGCUUAAACUCACAGCACAACAAGUGUGCAGCCAACAACAAGUACAUUAUACAAAGGAGUUUCCUAAACUACGAAUACCAAACGGGUCACAGCGCUAUGGACCAUAUUACUGCUAUAGAAACGAUUGCUGAGCAGCUCAAAAACAUGGGGGAACCUCAAACUCGGCUCCAGAUCUGCACAAAAAUCAUCUACACACUGCCACCACACCUUCAUGGCUUCAUAGCAGUCUGGGAAGCUCUCCCAGAAGAAGAACAAACUAUCGCCUUGUUAACAGCAAAAAUACUCAAUGAAGAAAAGGGUACCGUGGAGGAUAUGGUAGUGGCAGAGGAGGUUUUUCUGGCCCAGGUAAACACCAUGAUGGUCCACCUGCUGCCAAGAAACCCAGAUACAACGGACCACUACUCUGGUGCCACCGCCCACUGCACACGCCUAAGACACCUUCUACGCAACGUAGUUACUGUAUCUAAGGGCAGCUGGGUUAUUCAAGGGUUCCGUGGAGCUCAGGCUGAUGUUGAAGCAUACAGAGAUAUUGUCUACGAGGCAACAGUCAACGGUCAGAAGCGUGUCGGCAUCCUCAGGCGAGUGCUAUACGCCCCAAACACUGGAAUCAACUUAAUCUCCAUCGGUCAAAUCACUGCCCUGGGCGUAAGCGUAAAUUUCUCUGGCUCAAAAUGUGAGUUUGUAAGAAACAACAAAGUGGAAGUAACUGGUCGUCGAACGGGAAGUACUCUGUACAAACUUGACAUCAAAGCUAUAGUUGAAUCACCUCAACAGGAAUGCGUUCUUAUUGCGGAACAGUCAGCAGCUUCACUGAUUACUUGGCAUCGCCGUCUAUCCCACGUAAACUGCAAAACGAUUGAGCAAAUGGAGGCAAGCAACGCAGUUGAAGGGAUGAAGAUUACGAAUCGCAACUUACCAGCUGUUUGUGAAGGAUGUAUCUAUGGGAAAAUGUGUCGGCGCUCAUUCAAGUGCUCUAACAAAGAACCAAAGCCACUGGAAAUCGUCCAGCUCAUUGUGUCAGACGUUGGUGGCCCCAUGCAAGAAAAAUCUCUGAGUGGUGCACUCUACUAUCUGGCGAUAAAAGACAAAGCAAGUGGUUUUCGUCAAAUUUUCUUUCUCAAAAGAAAGUCGGAAGUUGCAGACAACGGCACAGAAUUCAAAGGCCAAGACUGGAUUUGGGUAGACGAGAUGGGCAUUAAACGUCAGUACACUAUCGCCUUCACCCCACAACAAAAUGGCGCGUCUGAGCGUGACAAUCGAACUAUCGUCGAGGCUGCACGGAGUGCUCUAUACGGAAGAAAACACGUGGUCUCGUCUCACGUACUAUUACGGCUCUGGGCAGAGGCGGCCAACUACGCCGUAUACACACUUAACCGGACUCUCUCCCGCACCAGAGACGUUACGCCUUUUGAAAAACUUUACGAUGAGAAACGUCAAAAGUGGGACAAGAAAGGAGAGAAAGGCAUGUUCCUUGGCUACGACAACAACUCGACCGGUUACCGCGUCUUCAUCCUAGCAACCUUCAAGGUUGUAAUUAGCGACGAAGUUCUUUUCGAAGAAGACGACGACAGUUACGAACCACAAAGCCGUGCCAUUCUUCAGAAAUUUCCCUUCGCAAAAGAACAAACAAUCGUCGAUGAAACUGACGACAACUCGUUAUUCACAGAUUUCACACCAUAG